CGCGGGGACGGGCGUGCGGAGGCACCGGCGGGCGCCAUGGCGGUGGACAUCACGCUGCUCUUCAAGGCCAGCGUGAAGACCGUCAAGACCCGCAACAAGGCGCUGGGGGUGGCGGCGGGGGACAGCGCCAGGGACGAGCUGCUCAAGCGGGGUGCCACCCGCUCCAAGAGCGACUUCACCGGCCGCGCCCGGGAAGUGAUUUCUCAUAUUGGAAAACUGAAAGAUUUUCUUCUACAACACAGAAAGGACUACAUUAAUGCUUAUAGCCAUAUUAUGUCUGAGUAUGGGAGGAUGACGGAUACGGAGCGUGAUCAGAUAGAUCAAGAUGCUCAGGUGUUUAUGAGAACGUGUGCUGAUGCCAUUCAUCAGCUGAGAACAGAAGCACACAGGGGUGUCCUGUCUGCUCAGGUAAAGGAGCACAGAACCGCUGUCUUGGACUUCAUUGAAGAUUACUUAAAAAGAGUGUGCAAGCUGUAUUCUGAACAAAGAGCCAUCCGAGUUAAGCGAGUGAUAGAUAAGAAGAGACUGUCCAGACUUGAACCUGAGCAGACCAAUGUGUCCAAAUCACCUCUAUCCCCUGAAAAAUCUUCAUUAAAUCCUUUAGAUGAUUCUGAAGAAAAACUUUCUGCUGAGGAAAGUAAAGACAGGAAUCUGCCUGAUGCCCAAAGUAACCUUGGAUUAUGGGGGGAUGGCAAAGGAGAAGAUGAGCUGUCACCUGAAGAAAUACAAAUGUUUGAACAGGAGAACCAGAGACUUGUUGGUGAAAUGAACAAUCUCUUUGAUGAAGUCAGACAAAUUGAAGGAAAAGUGGUGGAAAUCUCCAGAUUACAAGAGAUAUUCACUGAGAAAGUCUUGCAACAGGAAACUGAUAUUGACAAUAUCCAUCAAUUAGUUGUGGGUGCAACAGAGAAUAUCAAAGAAGGCAACGAAGACAUAAGAGAGGCCAUCAAAAACAAUGCUGGAUUUAGAGUGUGGAUCCUAUUCUUCCUUGUGAUGUGUUCAUUUUCCUUGCUUUUCCUGGACUGGUAUGAUAAUUAAUUAAACAUACUAUUGUCUACGUGCUUUGUUUGUAAAACUUUUGACUUUUUUUUCAAUGGAGUUGGGUAUAUGGCAUACCUACAUAUUUUAUGCAUUUUUUUCAUACCUCUGUGAUGGACAUAUUUUCCAAUAAAUAAGUGUGUGCAUAUA